CAACACCGUACCGUUGUGUGUAUUCCACGCAAAGGACACGCAAGCAAAUCUUGAAACUGCACUUGGUAUGUACCGCAAUGAAGUCUUGCACCUUAUCUCACAUGGCAAAUGGGAGGGGAAGCGGCUCGUUCUCUUCGUCUUCGGAGACUACGAGUUUCAGUGUAGUAUGUACGGGUUGUCAGGACCAAGUGGCCUACGUCCGUGCUUACAUUGCCACUCCAAGAAGAAAUCUAUGGAACACCAGUAUUGCAGAGAGAGCCUGAGGACAGUGUACCCCGCUCCCUGGCCACCCUCAGUAGCAACCUGCUAGAGUUCAUCGCAGACGGGGAGAGAUUACCAAACGCCAAGGUACACAACAACGUCAUUCGUCCGGCAAUCCUUCCUGUGCCACUACCCAACGUCAUCGUGCCAGUCCUCCACCUGGACUUGGGCAUAUUUGCCUGGAUGUUCGGCGCCAUGCUGAAGGACCUGCGUGAGCUGGACAAGCUCUUGGCCAGCAAGGUCCAGUCUGCUGCUGGAGAUAGCGACGCUUUUGGACGGCUAUCUGGCCUCUAUCGCGACCAUCACGACGCAGAAGAGCAGAUAGCAGCAGCGUCUGAACAGGCCUCUGGUUACCAGCAGCAGCUGAACUACGUAGCACUGCAUGCCCACAACCAGGGUGUUACUGGCGAUAACUUAGAGUUCGUGUGUGAGCAGAUCAGAGCGGAGUGGCAGAAGGCCAAUGACACAGUGGUGGAGAUGACAAAGGCAAAGGAGGGCAUCUCGCAGCAGAUACUUGCCGCAACUGCUGACAAAGACAUCUGUGGGCCUUGCGAAUCAGCAGUCGAACCCGUGCUGCAAUCCCACAACAUCAAGCGCCAGGUGUACCACGGAGGUGCAUUCAUCGGCAACCACGUGCACCGCGCACUUCAGCCCGCUGUCCUGCAGUCGAUUGCUGCUGCUCCCAUCUCCGUCAUUCAGGAACGCUGGCCCGACCUGACGGAUGUUGCCAGCGUUGUCCAGCUGCGCUACAUGAAGCUGCUGGACGAGUACAGGAAGUGUACUUCUGCCUUUGGCCAUUGCAGGAAGGUCACACGAGCAGAGCUUGAAGAGCUGGAAUCCAACAUCAGGACCUUCCUCAAGUCAGCACGGAAGGAGGUGGUCGAACGAGGGCUUGGCCAUAUAACGCCAAAGCUUCGAAUUCUGGAGAGCCACACCGCUCCAGCAACGGAGAGGCUGAGAGUAGGGCUCGGUCUGCUGGCCGAGCAAGGAGCAGAGAGCAUCCAUGCGGAGUUCAACACUCUUGAGCGAAGAUACCGCCAGAUUCCUGCUCUUCUGCAGAGGCUGAAAGCUAUGGCUGAGCAGCAUCUGUCCCGAACCUUGCCUCAAGCCAUUCAGCGUCCCACGACAAAACGUCGCCAGUCGACAUGAUCUCUGGCAAGUAUUGCACACAGCUACUUGACCACUUGCCCCGUCAUCGAUAUCGCGAUGCACCGUCAAGACUCAACAAAGAACUGAACAAGAACUUCUUGAAGAAAAAAGUUUCCAGCUCCACGCGCUGCUUUGAUCUAUUUGGGUUUUACCUGCUUUGCCGUAUGUUUUUAUCAUUAUUCCCUCCUUUUUUCUAGUAAUUCCACUUGUAUUGGCAAUUUCCUGUGUAAAAUCGCAUAAACGCGAUUUUCGACAAAAAUCGUCGCCAUGAUGGCCGUGUACCUACAAACAGCCGUGACACAAGUACUACAGACUACAGUGCUGGCAACUGCAAUCCGCCCAGGGGGUAGGAUUUCAUUUACCAGCACUAGUACUACUACUACUACUAGUAGUACUAGUACUAGUAGUAGUAGUUAGCUAAAUUUAAUCUAGUGCUCGUCAAGCAGGCAAGAACUCAUCAUGGCUGAUAUCACCACUAAUGGCGAGAAGGAGAACGACCAACUCAGCUGGCAUGGCGAAGUGAAUGUGGACAAUUAUACAGAAAUGGUGGAGCGGUACGCGCUGUAUCGGACACAGCGCCUCAACGUCUUGAAACUGGUCGUGGAAAUCCUGGAAAAGGAAGGUAUCAACUACUGGUUGGACUGUGGCUCGUUGUUGGGUGCGUAUCGCAAUGGCAAGAUGAUACCGCAUGACAGCGAUACAGACGUGUCGAUACUGGGUGACGAAGAGUUUGACAGGGCCAGAAAGGCCCUGCGCCAGAAUCUAUCCGACGUCUACAGCAUGGACGACGGAACGUCCUACGCGGAAAAAAUAAUGAUCAGUCAAGACUCGUGCGGGACAUGUAAGUUCUCGGACGAUGUUGAGUGCUCCAAUGUAACUGGAGACGUUAACAAAUACAUCCUGCGACAGGACGGUACUCUUCAGCAGCUCUACUAUAAAUUCAAUCUAGGUGAGCGACGCUAUCAGCACGAUUGGGUCUUUCCAUUGGGGAAGAUGCAGUUCGAAGGGCUGACGCUGCCCUGCCCCAACAACGUGAAAGCCUACUUGGAGGAGAUGUACGGCUACCUCGGAACGGACUUCAAGUACGAUCCGGUGUCGACACGUUUUGUGAAACGCGAUUGAACUCCUACCCCAGGCUGCCCCCAACGUCUCCAAGCAGUCCUAUACAAAAGCCAACGAGAAGCAAGUGUGUGAAGGAACCUCGGAGACGGAGGCCACCACAUGCACUACCCAGUUUGCUGUGACCCAGUAAGAUCAUCGUCGUACAUGACUGUGUUUCUUUUACUACACAUUUGCCUCACCCGUAUACAUGGUAUAGUAGUAGUAGUAGCAGCAGUAGCAGUAGUAGCAUAAUUUUAUUAUGGUAUAGUAGUAGUAGUAGCAGCAGUAGCAGUAGUAGCAUAAUUUUAUUAUUUUACCGUAUAUCUACAAUCAUGUACAUGUAUAGCUCUAGAUAGUGCACUGUGAUGUGCCAGUAGGUACAUUUACAUGGCACAUACCGUAUAUUCUCUAUUAUAAGCACAAGUCUCUAAUACUAGCACACUGUGAGCACCUUUUGUCUUUGAAGCAUUAUAAGCACCGUCUCUAUUAUUAGCACGGUCUUGGUGGAAAUCAAUGCUGCAUGCAUGAUAUCUAGCGUGUAUUUCUU